CUUUAUAUUGAGAGUUAAAAUAAGCCACAACUGUUCUAAAAUGUUGAGCAAGUGGAUUUGUGUGUUGCUUAUUGUGCUCAACAUGCAACCAUCAGUCUUGGGAGGCCCUAGGUACUGUAAACUGGAGCCAGAGACUGGUCCAUGUAAAGCCGACUUUACCAUGUUCUACUACAACCCAUCCACAAACGACUGUGAAGAGUUUAGCUACGGGGGCUGUAAAGGAAACAGGAACAGAUUUAAAACGAGGGAAAAUUGUCUCCACACUUGCGGUUGGUCUAAGUACUGUCUACUGGAGCCAGACCCUGGUCCAUGUGAAGCCCUCGCGUUCAUGUUCUACUACAACCCAUCCAAAAACGACUGUGAAGAGUUUAACUACGGGGGCUGUGGAGGAAACAGAAACAGAUUUGAAACAAGGGAAAGUUGUGUCCACACUUGCCGUCGUGCUGCUGCUAAUUAUAAAAUGACUUUGCGGAGAUCAGCUAACACAAGAAACAACAUUUGUAAAAUGUUGUCUCAGGCGGUUUGUGUUUUACUCAUUGUGUUCAUGAUACAACUUUCAGCGGGGGAUCGCCCGUCGGACUGUCAGUUAAAUCCAGAUAUGGGCCCAUGCCGUGGCCACUUCAUCAGAUACUUCUUCAACCCAUCGUCUGGAAGAUGUGAUUUAUUUAUCUACGGCGGCUGUGAUGGAAAUAACAACAACUUUAUGACAAGAGACGAAUGUAUGGAAACUUGCGGGCACAAUUAGGCAGGAAGAAAGUUUUCAGUGUCAUAUGUUCAUUUCAAUGUAUGUGUAAGACGAUGUCAUAUAUCAUGGUACUGACAAAUAUAAAACGCGCAUACGAAUGUUUCUGUCAUAUUAUCUAAUAUGUAUGUAAAAUAAACAUAUAGACACAACGCAA